AUGACGCCACUCAGCCCUGGACAUUUCCUGAUUGGUAGCCGACUGACAGCUCUACCAGAAGUUGAUGAAACCACGGUACCAAUAAAUCGUAUAGGUUGUUAGCAUCGAGUGACCCAGAAUUCCCAUAAUUUAUGGAAGCGCUGGAGCUCCAGAAGAUAUGAUCCAAGUAGGCCAGUAAAAGAGGAGUCUCCAAUUAAAGAUUAACACGGUUAUCCUUUUAAUGGAUAAAAAUUUGCUUUCGUUGAAAUGGCGUAUGAAUAGAGUGUCCAAGUUGAUAUCCGGACCGACAAGGUAGUUCAAGUUGUCGAGGUUCAAACGGCCAACAGUACCUUCUCGCGCCAAGGCUGAAAACUUUGUCCCCUACCGUUUGCAGGAAAUUGAGCAAUGAGGUAUUUUUAAUUACGAAACACGUAAAUUAUUUUAUUAAUUUGAUUUAUUUGAGAUAUAAAUCUCUGUUAUAACUACAUACAUUUCUAUGAUUUUUUAUACUUAUAUUACUUAUUUAUUAUUAUUUUUAUGUCAUAUUCAUAAUCGUAUUGAAACUAUUUUCCAAGACGGGCAGCAUGUUCCGUAGUAGAUCGAUAUCCCUCCUUCCAAUUUUGUCUAAACUUUAAGAGAAACUUCUACUUAAUAGUGUAAAACUAAUUAUAGAGGAACAAAAUAUUUAUAUCGGAAUAUCAGUUUGGAUUUCAUAAUAAACAUUCGAUAAUUAAUCAAGUCCAUCGUGUUAACGUGAUAACUGAUAAUUAAAGGUCUUGAAGAAAAAGGUAUUGCUGUCGAGUCUUUCUUGACUUAGUUAAAGUUUUUGAUAAAGUCUGGCACAAGCAUUCCUACCUCAUAAAACUGCGUGAUCAACUGCUUCAUACCUGGAGUGAAUUUUUUGAAUCAAAUUUGCUCGACCGUCAAUUCCCACUCAUACAUAAAGAUGCGGUAAUUGAAUGGAAAAAUAUCACUGCUGAACUACCACAAUAUAGUGUUUUUGGACCUAUCCUGUACUUACUCUAUAUGGCCAACGUUAUGUAGCAAACAAUGCCAAUACAGUAAUAGCUAUACCGAGGAUAAGGCAAUGUCUUCGUCACAUAAGGACCAGCUAUAACUGCAACUGAUAUCUUGCAAUAGUUAAUUUACAACAUCUAUAUCUGUACGAGACGUUUUAGAAAAUUAAGAUGAAUGGUGAUGAAAAAAUUAACGUUAUUUAUACGUUUCGAAAAACCGAAAACAUCCAAUUUGUGCUAAAUCAAAAAUUAAUCCCAUAAAAAGAUUCAUCAAAAUACCGUGGAGUACACCUCGACUUACUUUUAAAUUGGAAAUAUCACAUCCGUCAGAAAAAUAUACAGAUUAAAGAAAAAAUGCAAACACUAUUAUUGGUUAGUUGGAACCCACUUCGGGCCAACUAUCGAGAAAAAAAAUUUACUUUACAAGUAUGUAGCUAUUAUAAAAUCGAUUUGAACCUGUGGCAUUCAACUGUAGAGUUCUGCCAGUAAGUUUAACAUUGAUGUAAUACAACACUGUCAAAACAUUACUGCAAUAUACUGGUUUGAAAUUAACGAUAUAAUACUGCCUACAAUAUCAGACGAAAUUAAAAGAUUUGCUCGAAAACACGAGACGAAGGUAGAUCACCAUAUAAAUCCAAUGACCAUCUAAUUAUUAGACAAUUCUAAGGACAUUAGACUUUUUAAACGUCUGAAAACUUAUGAUUUAGUUUAAGAACUUAAUUUUUAGAAUUAGGGCAGGAACCACUUCAUCAUUACACAGUUUAUAUAAUAUACAUUAUUAAACAUAUUUAUAAAGAUGUUUGAUUCGUUUAAAGAAUAAAGAAAUGAUCUGAGGCUUUCCUCGGAUCUUUUUAAAAAAAAAAUCAAUUAGAAACGAAUAUCGCUAAAUCUACGGAAAAUAUGUAUAUCUUCCAAAGCAAAACGGAAAAAAACAAAGCUAUGGAGAAGCUGUAUUAAUCUUGGAAUCUAAGGAAAAGACUUUAGAACUAUAUAAUCAAAAAGUGAAUGAGUUUUCUUGAACUGAAUGAACUAAUUUAACGGAAAAAUUUUUUAUACCAGAAUCUCUUUAAGAUUCCAAAUGAUUAAAUUCUAUGAGUGAUAAUAUUAUACAUGGGAAAUUUUUUUUAAAAAAAAGAUUAUUCUUACGCCGUUAAAAAUACAAAUUGUAAAUGUUUUUUUAACUAUGUCAUCUCAUUUUUGAUUAAACAUUAAUUCUAUUAACAUAAAUUUUCUGCUUAUUUUCUAUUUAUUUUACAAAAUAUACAGGCUUUAUGCCCAAUUAAUGUGUUAUUUAUACAAUAUAACAAAAAUUAACAUUGUAAAACUAAAUCAAACAUAUAAAAAAUAAUAAUACAUAUUAUUUAAAGAAUAUGAAGAAAAAAUUGUCGGAAUUUGCAAGACAUGCAGCGGCGGAGAGGUUCAUUAAGCCCAUAAUUGACUGUAGACGUAGAGAGCGAAAAAGGAACAUACAGGCUGGAAGAACAGGUAGAAACACUAAAGGAAAUCUUUGAGAGUAAGAAAGGUGAAUCAAUUUGCCCAUAUAACAGUUUGGCCAAAAAGCCGAGAUUGAUUGUGUACAUACAAUUGGCCUAUGUUUCCAAUUCAAAGAACUGGAGGACAGGUGUAUAAUCAUGAGGAGUACACUCAAUCUUAAAAACAUAACUAACAUAGUUUAAAAAUUUGCGGUAAACAUACUAAAGAAUAAGUGAGUUAUCCGCUGUGAGAUGUUCCCAUAUGACCUAUCCGUACUUUAAAAUUGGCCUAACAAGCGAACAAUAAAGAGCCUUUAAGAGAUAUUAUAGUUUAAAUUCUGAAGAAACAUGCUUUAUAAGUUCUACCGUUUUGAGAGCUUUGCAGCAUACCAGCUCCACGUGCAAAUUAGGGCCGAGAAUUGAACUUACACAUAACCAAGAUCAGUGAUGGAUUCCCGGAACGAAUCAAGAGAAGACCAAAUUAUGGAAUAGUAUUGGUAUAUGGUAAACUAUAAAACUUCAAACUAAAUCUCUAACACCGUUUUUUUUCUGAAAAAAACUGAUUGGUGACUAAAAUUACUUAAUAUGAAACUGUGAGAGAUGACAUCUAGUAGCAGUUCUGACGAAGAACUUCUUCUCCUUGCACUGAACUAAACGAAAAAAAGAAGAAAAUGGGUGCACGAAAUAAAUGAAAAAAGAGAAGAGUUUGGUGAAUUUCAUCUCCUCUGCAAUAAAUUAACUUCUUACGAAGACCAUUUUAAAAGUUAUUUCCGUAUAACUCGUGAACAAUUCGGUGAAUUACACGAACUCGUAUCACCGGGGAUAUCAAACAUAACCACAAACUGGAAAAAGCCUAUUGGUUUAAAAGAAGGGCUUGCAAUUUGUUUAAGGUAAGUUUUUAUGAAUAAACAUACACAUUAUGAACUAAAAACAAGUUUAUAUUAUAAUUGAUGUAGGAAUAGAUUUUUUGGUAUAAAUUUAAGUAAGUAGGGAAAGAAUAUAAAUAAAACAAUUUGGCGGUAUUAAGUAGUAUUUAAUUAAGUAAUAUUUAUAAAAAUGAAUUAAUCCUGGGGUUAAUACUAAUGUAUAAUUUACUUAUUAUUUUAGAUAUUUGGCAACAGGAGAAUCGCACCAUACAAUAGCAUUUUCUUUCAGAGUCGGACGCACUACUGUUUCUAGUAUUGUAAAAGAAGUAUGUGCAGAGCUAUGAAAUGUUUUACAACCACUAUAUUUGACUACCCCUACAGAAGAAGUUUGGAAACAAUCAGAAAUUGGAUUCAGAGAGCUAUGGAAUUUUCCUAACUUACUUCUUAGAAGUACCUCAACAAUAGCCACAACAGAUAAGUCAGAAGAAGAGAGUAUUUCGUCUGCAGAUAGCGCGUUUUCAAACACUCAACGAGUAAGAGAGAGGUCUAGUAAUGCAGCCACUUCUGUUAGAGAAAACUUCCUUAAUUAUUUCAAUUAUUUACAUAAAUAAACUAUUGAUUAAUUCAUAAUUAUGUCUUAGAUGUAUUUCAAAAUUGUAUCACUUUUAGUUUUUUUCCCAAAUAAUAGUAAUAAUAAUGAUUAUAUUGUUAAUUAAUAUACUAAUGAAAAAUUAAACAAAACGUUUCUACUUUAUUAUAUUCAUAAUAUUCAUAAUUUGAUAAUUAUUUUUACUUACUUGAAAGGAUAAGUAUCCCGCAAUUUCAUUCCACUUCUCCGCUUUUUUUACUAUAUUUUUAUAAUCACAAUGAUUGGUGUCAUAUAAAUACACACAGUUAUGAACGAGAUCUAUUCAAUUUUCAGUUAAUUUUUCUGCCAUAGUAUAUAAUAUUGCAUACAAUUUUAUAAUAAUAAUUUUUGUCCGCCGCGAUCACUGUACAUUAUUACAACUGUGCCCGCGAUAGGCUGCGCGGUCAGCCCGCUUUCUGUUUGACCGUACCUUUAAAAUGCAUUACCGCCGCCGCCGCUCAAUGCAUAAUGAACGAAAUAGGCACGUUUUGAAUUUGAAUGUGUGCGCGAGAAACGUUCGACGGGCAGCUUCGGUCAUCGUCAAAUGGGCGUGGCUCUGACCGUUGGCGACGAAAACGCGUCGCCGCCGACUAUUACUCUUACGGUGGACAGAGUAUAUAUAACAACAAAAAAAUGUAAUUUCUUUCGAAAAACCCCUACAAUUUUGUUUAAAUAGAAUCAAUAAAUAAUUUAUUUUAUAUAUCUGAUGAUGAAUUAAUGAAUAAUUUUAAUUCUAAUACAUAUGGUAAGUCACAUUGUCAUGUAACAUAAUAAAUGAUAAGCUUUUCCUUACUGUUUGGCCUGGUAUGUGCUGCUUACCUAGCUUACCCUGACGGCACGUCACUGAUUUUUGACAACAAAAAGAAUAAAUAAUGUUUAAAUAUAUUAAAAGUUUAACUUAACAAUUAUGUUGCUACCUUCCUUCUGACGUUUGGAAAGAUUCGCAGUCAUGAAUUCAAAAAUGGUGAAGAGAUCAAUAAAUUAGAAAUAUAUAAUAAUUUUACCUGCCAACGGUGUUGGAACGCUAUGGCGUUUACCUGUAAAUAUCCUCACGUGAUCACGGAGUCGUUGGACAACUAUAUUUUUUUUUUAUUUUUAGACUCAAGAUCGUAUUGCUUUUAAAACAGAUGAAGACAUCAUACAAAUAUUCAAUCUUCUGAAGAGAAAUUAUCAUUUAAAGCCCACGCAUCCAUGA